CGCUGAUCUUCCGGAUUGAUGGGUUCUAGUCCGGAUCUAAAAGCUUGUUGGUCAGAUGGGACAGGUCAAAAAAACGAUUCGUAAGAAAAGAGGAUUCAGCAACUCGAUGCAUUCAACAAGCAACCGUGCCCAUCUCCAUUUUUGUACACUAGGAGACUUUGGUGUAGGCAGGAGGCGUUCUGUCCGCCCAUCGAAUAGGAAUUUCAUCCGAAACAGCAAGAAACCGCGUGUUGCAUGCGAAACGUCACUCACCACAAACUAGAUGCUUCAUGCAUUAAUUUGAAGGUGAA